AAUUUCUAUUAAAUGAAUUCUGUUAUUCUGUUUUUUUUUUUUAUAAUUCUUUAUUUUUUGGAUUUCAGGACAAAAACCCACAACGACGAUAUGUCAUCAACCACCCACACAUCGACACCAUGCCAGCGGUGAAAACAACAUGGCCUCCACACACACAAACACAUUCCCAAUUCCAAAAAACAUAUUAUAAAACAAGCGAAAGCGUCAAAAAGAAUUAUGGAUGCAAAAAUAGUCUCGAAAAAAAUCAUGGACGCAACACAAGACAAUGUAGAUUUCAAAAAGAGAAUAGAGAAUGCAAGAAACGGAAAGUUUUGGAGUUUACAAGAUGGCGGACGAAAAUAAAAUGGCGGCUAAGCUCGAGGGUGCUGAUUCCGCUGAUGAUUUUGAAUGUUACGGGGCGCGCGGGAGCUGUUGAAUCUCUCACCAGCCGCAUGAUCUCCCUCCUCGGCUACCCCGCCUCGUGCAGUGUGGGCGGUGAAGCCCGACCAUGCACUUUAGCCCUGACAUGUUGGCUGCGAGGCGGCGCGCGCGCUCGCGGCUGCGGCAGCGGCUGGCUGCUAACGUGCUGUGUCAGGGAGAAAGAGAGUUCCAGUAUGACCUCAUCAGAAUGGCGCUACAAGGCGCCGCCGCGCCUGCGCGUACCGCAGCGCGGUGUGGUCCCCAACAACGUAUUCCGAAGGAGAGUAGACGACGAUAACACUCAGUUGGACUGCGGUCUUCCAUCCACCCGUAUUCUGCAGAAGAGGAUCAUUGGUGGACGAGAGGCGAGGUUCGCCGAGUUUCCGUGGCAGGCGCAUGUCAGGAUCUCCGAGUUCCAGUGUGGAGGAGUUUUAGUUUCUCAUUGGUUCGUGGCGACAGCAGCGCAUUGCGUGUCGCGGGCGCAUCCGAGAGAUAUCGCGGUGUGGCUCGGAGCCUUGGACACCACUGCUGGAUCCAAUACGGCCAGGAAAGUCGGUGUCAUCCAAAAAAUUCUCCACCCGCUCUUUCAAUUCCGAAUGACGCAACCAGACCGCUACGACAUCGCUUUGCUAAAGCUCUCUCGACCAAUCGCCUAUGCCAGCCACAUACUACCCAUCUGUCUGCCGGAAGCUACCUUGGAACUGAGGGGCAAGAGUGGAGUCAUCGCUGGAUGGGGAAAAACGGAUACUAGUAAUGGACAUACUGGAACGAAUUUGCUCCGGUCAGCGACAGUGCCUAUAUUAAGUACAGAACAGUGCAUCAACUGGCACCAACGGAAACAGAUCACAGUUGAGAUCCAUUCAGAGAUGAUCUGCGCGGGCCAUUCCGACGGUCAUCAGGAUGCUUGCUUAGGCGACUCAGGCGGUCCCCUAAUAGUCUUGGACAGCGGAAGGUACUACCUGGCCGGUAUAACAUCGGCAGGUUUCGGCUGCGGAGUGGACCACCAGCCCGGGAUCUACCACAACGUGCAGUUCACUGCAAAAUGGCUUAGGAGCAUCAUCAGCCCCAACACCAACACCAACUAUAUUGACUUCUGAAGAUUCUUCUAAGAACACGAAUAACCAGAUCUUGACACAUGGUCCCAAAGAUGAAUUUUUGUUGAUACAUAGUUACAUACAUACAUUUUUGACGACCGGUUUGGCCUAGUUGGUAGUGACCCUGCCUACGAAGCUGAUGGUCCCGGGUUCAAAUCCUGGUAAGGGCACUUAUUCGUGUGAUGAGCAUGGAUAUUUGUUCCUGAGUCAUGGGUGUUUUCUAUCUAUGUAUUUAAGUAUUUAUAAAUAUUUAUAUAUUAUAUAUAUCGUUGUCUAAGUACCCUCAACACAAGCCUUAUUGAGCUUACUGUGGGACUUAGUCAAUUUGUGUAAUAAUGUCCUAUAAUAUUUAUUUAUUCAUUUAAUCCGUACAAACAUAGUUACAUACAUACAUAAGGUCAUCCAGGGCAAUUGCGACCAUGAGUCCAAUGCAACUGUUUAAAAAUACAAGAAGUAUUGAGCUAGCCUCUUGUACUCAUGACAUACUUUCAUCAGUCAUUAUAAUUCUCAUUAUUACUCACUUCUUAAGAGUGCAUUUGCCCCAUAGUUGCAAUUGUCCUGGCUGACCUUACAUACAUACAUAGGUACAUUGCAAGUUAAUAAAAAGCUUGUAACUAUAUCAAAUCGUUAAAACAGAAUGGGCUCCAGUAGAUCGAUUCUGAUUUUAAACUUUUUACCGUUUUGAUACGACCUAGACUACCGUCAAAGAGAAUUUGAAAUACUUAAAGCUGGAUUGUAAAAGAAAAUAUUGUAGCCACGUAAAGGUGCGACCAGACCGCAGCUUAAAAAACGGUCACGAUACGGAAUCGCAGUGACGCGUCGUAUGCGUACCGUUUUUGAUGAUCUGCGUAAAAAUUGCAAAAAAUAUUACACGGAGAUCUUAUGGCAGACACCACACCGAUGACGUAAAAGACGCAAAGAUUUGCGAACAAAAAAGAUUCGCGUGAAGCACGUCACUGUGAUUCCGUACCGUCACCGUUUUUUAAGCAGCGGUGUGGGGAGCAUGCGUCAAAAACGGUGCGCAUACGACGCGUCACUGCGAUUCCGUAUCGUGACCGUUUUUUAAGCUGCGGUCUGGUCGCACCUUAAAUUUACUGCCAUCCUGCCAUAAGUUAUACAUGUGUGCGAGUCGCGUGUACACAAAGAAAAUCGGCGUGAUAUAAAAACACAAUUUUGUCUUAACUUAUCUUUUAAGUCUUGUGACUAUCUCGCCAUUUUCUUGCAUUUAACUUUUUAUUAUAAUUAAUCUUAAUCACUGCUGAUUUGAUCUCCCGUUUUGUAUUUAUAACAUUUUACUUGUAUUUUGUAUCGUUGUGCAAUUUUAUUGUGAAAUAAAAAAUAAUAAGCAA